UCCGUUACCAAGACAAUCACGGAUCACGAGGCUCGUCAUUCCGUCCCCGCGUCUCCCGUAACCGGAGUCUUGGGAAUGUCGAAUCCCAGGAAAGACUUUGACGUUAAGCAGAUCUUGCGCAUCCGCUGGCGAUGGUUCGGCCACCCCACAUCUCCUCCUCCCGAUAGCCAGCCUUCGGGAGAUCUUUUCAGCAGCAUCCGUGGCACCGGGGGCCCCUCAUCCUCCAGCGGGGAUCCUCCCUCCAACGCCACCGCCGGUGCCAGCUCGAGUAACGGCAACUCUUCCUCCAACAUAUACAACAACCGAAAGUUUGGGGAUUCGGGUCCGAGCAGCGGGCAGUCGGCGGUGGUGGUAGUGGGCGCCUCCGCGUGUCCUCGGUCCAUGAGCCAGCAGGAGUGCCGGAGCCCCCCGCCGGUGCCUUGGGUCUUUCCUGCCCACUCGCGCUCCAGCGAGAGCCUGGAGCCGCUCCAGCAACAGCAGCAACAGCAGCAACAACAGCAGCAGCUGCAGCAGAAGCAGCAAAGGUCCACGCGUGUAUCAGACGCUCCUGGCCCUGGAGACGAGGAGAACAACAACCACAACGUGGAGUCUGACUCGAGCUCCUGCAGGACAUCAAACAGCAGUGUGACGUUGUCCUCAUGUGUGUCGAUGGAGCCAUGUGUGUCAGAUGAACACUUCCAGGCACACAGUCAUGCUGAACACACCUUCAUACGCAUGGAGACCUACUUGAGAACCAGGAAGCUCUGUGAUGUCGUACUUCUCGCCGGGGAACGCAGAAUACCAGCACACAGACUGGUUCUCUCAUCAGUGUCUGAUUACUUUGCGGCCAUGUUUACCAGUGAUGUCCGAGAGGCAAAACAAGAGGAGGUCAAACUGGAGGGUGUGGACCCAGAUGCUUUAUGGGUCUUAGUUCAGUAUGCCUACACAGGACGUUUGGAGUUAAGAGAAGAUACUAUAGAGAGUUUGUUGUCAGCUUCCUGUCUUCUGCAGCUAUCUGCAGUGGUGCAGGCCUGCUGCAGUUACCUGAUGAAACAGCUUCAUCCCUCCAACUGUCUGGGCAUUCAAUCCUUUGCAGAUGCUCAGGGCUGUUUGGACCUCCAUAAGGUGGCAUAUAACUACACUAUGGAGCACUUUAUGGAGGUCAUGAGGCAUCAGGAAUUUCUGCUCUUGCCUGUGUGUGAGGUGGAGAAGCUGUUAGCUUCUGAUGACAUGAAUGUUCCUGAAGAGGAAACCGUGGUAACGGCCCUGCUCAGCUGGGUCCAUCAUGACGCGCCCACCCGUCAAUCACAGCUGCCUGCUCUCCUCGCUCACAUCCGCCUACCUCUGCUUAAACCACAGUUUUUGGCUGAUAUGGAGGCAAAUCCCUUGUUACGGGACAGUGUGGAGUGUCAGCGGUUGGUGAUGGAGGCCAUGAAGUAUCAUUUGUUGCCAGAGAGACGGCCGAUCCUCCAGAGCCCGAGAACACGGCCUCGCAAGGCCACUGUAGGAGCGCUCUUCGCUGUGGGUGGCAUGGACGCCACGAAAGGGGCCACCAGUAUUGAGCAGUACUGUUUACGGAGAGACACAUGGCGGCAGGUGGCCGUCAUGAGCGGGAGGAGGCUGCAGUUUGGCGUAGCAGUUCUGGAUGACCGCUUGUAUGUGGUGGGGGGGCGAGAUGGUCUGAAGACUCUCAACACAGUGGAGUGUUACAAUCCUCGCAGCAAGAGCUGGAGCGCCAUGCCCCCCAUGUCCACACACAGACACGGCCUCGGUGUUGCAGUGUUAGAAGGCCCCAUGUAUGCAGUGGGAGGUCAUGACGGGUGGAGUUAUCUCAGUACGGUAGAGCGCUGGGACCCUCAAGCUCGCCAAUGGAGUUUUGUUGCAUCCAUGGCAACGCCUCGAAGCACUGUGGGAGUUGCAGUCUUAAACAGCAAGCUGUAUGCAUUGGGUGGCAGGGAUGGCAGUUCAUGUCUUAAAACAGUGGAGAGUUUCGACCCUCAUACCAACAAAUGGAGUAGCUGUGCACCCAUGUCGAAACGCAGAGGUGGUGUUGGUGUAGCAACGUGGAAUGGUUUCCUGUAUGCUAUUGGUGGCCAUGAUGCCCCAGCUUCAAGCUUGGCAUCACGACUGUCCGACUGUGUGGAAAGGUACGACCCAAAGACGGACAUGUGGACAGCAGUAGCUCCCAUGAGCAUCAGCAGGGACGCGGUAGGGGUUUGUCUUUUGGGGGACCGUCUGUAUGCCGUGGGUGGUUAUGAUGGCCAGGUGUACCUGAACACUGUGGAGGCCUACGACCCCCAAAACAAUGAGUGGGCACAGGUGGCGCCAUUGUGUUUAGGUCGAGCUGGAGCCUGUGUGGUUGUCGUGAAGCUUUGAAUUGCCUCCUGCUUUCAGUCAUCUCCAUGGUGACAGUCCUGGAAUAAACCUACAGUGCUCCUGAUGCUGUGUAUAUGGACAGAUCUGAGCAUCUCUUUACCAGAGCAGAGAAUGUCACACACUAUGGCACACAGCAGAAUAUUCAACUGUGGUCUCUUAUUAUGCCUUCAAGUUUGUAUGUAUCUAUUAAAAGCAGUUUAUUUCAUGGCUAUGCACAUCAAGAACUAGACUCCCCCCUUUUCUGUGGCUGACAGGGUUGAACAAUUUAAAUGGCCAUCCAUUCAUCUGUCUAAUAAUUCAUCUGUAUUAUUGAUACAUCCAUUUGUUUCUCAUCUUUGGUUAAGUUCACACAGUCAGGGAUAUUUACUAACAGGUGUGACUUUCAAAUUGCCCUGUACACACAACAAGCUACAAGAGUGGCUCGAAGAUGUUUUUAUCAACGAGUAUCCAAAGUAAUUAUUUUUUUGCCCAACCACAUUUUUUACUUUAUUGAGAGCAAGUAAAAACUUUAACUUUGUUCUCUUCAUCACACAAAGUGAUCAUAUUGCUUCAGAAGUCUUGGAAUAUAUUACAUUAGCCCUAUCAGUUACUUUAAUUCAUUUUGCACUGUAUGGUUGUCACUAGGAAUGACAAUAGGAAUAUCAAGAUAUCGAUUAUUGAUCAGAAAGUUAUUUUCUCAAUGUUUUUUGAGGCUUUGAUAUAUUCAAAUUAGCCAACAUUUAAAUUAGAAGCCUAAUUUCUGUGCUUUCCCAAUUGCCGCUCAAACUUUACCAAAGUUGUGACGAGAAAUGUGAAUGAAGAGGCAAGGACUAUUGUGCAAUGAGAAGCCCUAUUUUUUAUCUCAAAAUAUGGCAGUAUAGAUCGCUAAUCAUUGGGAAAGUUUUUGUAUUAUCGAUGCAUAAAAGGCAUAGAUCCCAAGCGUAGUUUUCACUCUUGCUGAUUAACAUACAGAACCAUACUCAAAAGCAGGAUUGACAGCUGUAUUCUGCUGCUGUUUAUGUAGCCUUUUGCUGUCAUUUUCUCUGCAGCCAAGAGAACAAUAGCUGCGUUUCCACUGUGGGGUCAAAUGAGGGUGUGGUAGUGCGUGCCAGGGCCAGUUGCAUUCCCACUGUCAUUUCCGGGGCUUAAUCGUGCCUCCUCGGGGGUUAUUCAGGGACAAUAGCCAAUGGCCUAUUGGCCCACUGAUUACCCUUGGGCCAAAGAUAGCCAACUGGGGAUUGAGGCACAGUCAAUUCCAAAGGCGGAGUUUAGCGAGAAACUCAUGCUGCAUUUCAUUCAGAUCGGAUAUGGGAUAUUCCUACUUGAAUUCUCCGAUCUCCGGCCAUAAAGGAAUUCCAUUGCCAGAUGCUCGGAAAAUUAUGUUUAAACAACCAAAACUGCAAUGCUCCCUUUAGCCAGGGUUCACCAGAUACGUUUCCAAGCAACCAACUGAUAAACAAUGCUGCUCUGCAAACAUUUGUAAAACAAGCUUUAAUAUCUUGUAAUGUAGGAACUUUGACUCAUUGAUCGAUAUCAUUUAAUAAAAGUAAAUGUUUAUCAUUAACGUUGUACAUCUCUGGGUGCCGACAUGUUUGUGUGACGUCACGCACCCGCAUCUCAGUGAAAACAAUUGCGGACACAUUACAAAUCUGUUAAGAUGCACAAUGGACAACGCGUUGCCCAAAGGGAGAGCUUUCCAUGGUGUGAAAUCAUGGACGGUGUGCUUGGACAUCGUCCCGCUGUUAGUGGAGAGACCAUUCUCCACUAAGUUGGUGAGUUGUCAGCAGUUACUUAUCUUGCUUGUUAACGUUUACAUACAAUAUAAACUUGAUAUUCUAAAUAACUAGAUGGCAUAUGUAUUUGGUUUGGCUUGUGAAAUGGGAGGGAGUGUGACAUUUGCCUCAGUGCGUCUUAUUAAGGGCAGGUUUUAGGGCAAUGCUAUGGGGCUUUUGACCUGAUGGUGGAAAUGCAGAGCGAUUUCAGUCUCAAGGCCCGAGGCUAUUGGCCCCGGCUGACCAAUUUAUGGCCUUGGCUCGCACUUACCCGAUAGUGGAAAUGCGGCUAAUAAAUGAGGGUUUGUGCCAAUAUGAGAGUGUGUUGCGCUCUCUGGGGAUGCAGUGGAAAUGAUAAAAAAUAAUGAACUCUAAGUCAAUUAAAGAAUGUAACUGGAAUGUGUGCCACCAAAUGCUCUCUCUAGAAAUAAUCUGUUGUCUAAGAAUAGCCUGAGUGCAGUUUAGUGUCUCAUGGGAAAGAGGGAUAGAGAGAGAACAGGACUGUGUGUGUGUGUGUGUGUGUGUGUGUGUGUGUGUAUGUCUAAAUAGUGCUUUAGCAGUGAAACCAUGGUUGGUAGCAGUGUUGGGUUUAACCUGAUUACAAAUAUAUUAGUCUAAAGUAGUGUAAAGCAUUACAUUUUCAACUCUUGUAAUCAGAUUACAGUUACUGACUUUCGAUUAAAGUUAUUACUUUUAAGUACAUUACUUGGGUUACACAUACUUUUUUUUAAUAAAAUUUAGUAUGUAUAAUACAUUUAUUUAAGAUAUAUAUUAAUGUGCGACAAUGAAGGAAUAAAGGAAGCCAUUAUUGUCAAAUCGCUGAGCGGAAAGUGUUUUUAAAAGCCAUGUAAAAGUAAAGUAAUUAGUAACGUGAUGGAUCCGACCCGUUUGCGUCAGCAUCUGGUUCCGUUAGUGUGCGUUUUGUUCGUUUAAAAAAGCAGCGCAUAUUCUUCACAUUUGUUGCAAUGCAUUUGAUGUCAGAUUUUAUGAUGACAAAACUACUAUAUACAAAUCAAGAAGCAUCUUGAUUAGUCUUUCUACCAAAACCACAUAAACUUUUACUAGAGGUUGCAAAACUGAUCAGUAAAUGGACAGAUAAUUAUAAAGAUGAGCUUAGAGAGAGAAAAGGAACAUGGGUAAAAACUAUGUAUGGAAGGAAAAAGUUGGGAGAGAAAUGCAAGAGAUGGAAAUCAGGCCGCAUGCCGACAGUAGAAAUUCACUUUAGCGUCAUCAGUCUAUUAUAAGCGUGCAUGUCUUCGAUUUAUCUUUAAUUUAUCUGCCUGAAGUCAGUUAGAGCACAUCAGCAAUAUUGCAUGUGAAUAUGAUAAUUAUACCUACAAGGGAGCAACACAAUCUUUCAUUAUUCCCCAACUCGCUUCAAGCUCAGAGAAAGAAGAGCAUAACAAGGUCUAAUGCAUAUUCAAAACCUAUGAAUCAUUGGUUCUAUUUUUUGAAGUUGGAAAAGCAUCCCAGUACUCAGCAGUGAAGGAAGUUAACAGCACAACAGUGGAAUGCUGUUUCUGUAGCAGUUCAGCAGUAUUUUGUCAGAUUUAGCAAAAAAGUUCAUUGUAAAUGGUUAUUGUGAUUUUUCCCCUUAUGCUUACUCAAUGUUCUAAUCAUAUUUCUUUUUUUCAUACAGCAAUUCAUCUUCAUAAUAACUGAGGAUAUUCUAGGUCACUGUCCAUUUAAUGGAAAUACAUUCUGCCCAAGAGCAGGAAAAGCGAACAAAGGCUUAGAAGCAUAUAAACCAAGAUUUAGAUGUACGUCCCAAAAUUCAUCUCUCAUCUCUAUUAAAUAGCUAGUUCCAACAGAAUGAUCAAAUAAAAUAAAAUGUGUAAUACAUAAAUAUUAUUUAAUGAUUCUCUUGUAACCGAAAUACCACUUUUACUUUCAACAUUUUCUUAUAUGGUGAGAAUUUAGAAUUCCUUUUUUCACGACUAUAUGUCUCUGUGUAGAGAAAGAGCAUCUUGUUUGUGUGUUGCGUGUGUUGUGUGUGUGUUUAAACCCCAUGCUGAGUACAAAGUACAGCUUGAAAAGUCACAGAAAAUAGAUUUGGUAUUUUGAUCCGUAUAUUCAGUUCUCUUUUAUAUCCCAAAAUGUAUUUCAGUGUUCUUUUAAAUUGAAGAAAGAUAAGAUUACAGUUGAGAAUAUGGUGAAAAACAGAAUGACAGAACAAAGCGAUCAGAACAACUACAGAUGCAGAAAAGAGAGAGAGCAGCACAUAACAUUUUAAUAGGAAUAUACACCUGAUUAUUUUCAGUCAGUGGAUAUCACAGGUGCUGUGACCACUGUAAUGUCUUAUUUGGACACCAUACUGUUGUCUACUAUCAUAUUUCAUCAUUAUGCUGUUAUGUCUGUUCAUUGUGUUGGGUCAUGCCUGUGUAGCUAUGAGAUUUUAUGCAAUGUAAGAUGAGUAAAUGACAGACUUGUGAAUUGUAAAAGCAAGUUUAUGUCCAAUAAUAUCCAGGUUGCACCGGUAAAAAUAAUAUAGGUCAAUGCGUUAUAUUUUGGUACACAUUUCAAGAGUGUCAUGGCCACUUUAUGUGUGUUCUGUUGGAAAGUUUUACUGUCUUUGACCAUAUUUAUACAUGACACAUCAUUUGUACUGGGCAUCAUGCAUUAUGCCAAUCGUAAAUAUAGAAGAAGCAGAACAUAUCAAAAGAGAAUACAACUGCUUUGAAAAGACACCAAACACAUAUGGAUGUGUAAAAUGUAUAGAGCAAAUUUAUUUUAUACAAUGUUAAAUUGUAUCUUGUGGAAAAUGUAAACAGUUUGUAAAAAAGUGUAACACAGCAGUUUAACUUCAUUGUGCUGCAUUAUAAGAGA